UGGUAGUGGUGGACAAUCGCGAAUCCGCGAACCCAACUCGCAACACGGAUACGAUGGAUCAGUAAUCGAAUACGUUCGUAACAUCGUAACAGCGGCGAACGAAAUCGUCGUGGCAAUCAUCCGGCGAUUCGCGUAACCUCGCGUUUUAAUUCCCAGAAGUAUCGCUAAUCAUUUUGUUUCUAAAAUAGAUUCUGUGUAUAGCUAAAGUUUAUUAUUAUCCUACUCAAUCUUGUUCAGUCGGUGGUGCCAAGCUUAUACGCGCGGGUCGCAAUUUAACUUGGAAAACUUUUAAACGCGAAAACUCAAUUUCAAUGCAGAAACUUUUAUUGUUACAGGUUAAAUAAAUAGUGUGUUGUGCUUAAAUCAUUAUUAUUAUUAUUAAUUUAUUUUGUGUUGACCUCGAACCGGUUUGAGCAUUUUUAUUGGAUUUAUAUACUGAAUCAUGUCAAUUAGGAAGGUGAGCAAUUCAAACAGCAUCUCGUUGUCAAUGUGAAAUAUCAGAAUAUAAGGAAUAUGCCUUAAUCAAGCAAAGUCAUCACAUUUUCGCAUAACAAAUACUGUGGAUAUUCGAAGACUACAUAUUAUCAUCUAUUUUUAUAAAUAAUGAUGGAUGAAAAUGAUAGAGACGUUGAAGACUCCUUAGAACAAAGGACUUUUGAUGCAACACAUUUAAGUGAUGUUAUUGAGGUAAUAAAGGAAACCGAUCCUGGCUUCACAGAACCCAGUGGCGAAGUUCGCACUGGUUCGCCUACAUUGCUUACCUCCAUGUUGAACGGGGGAGGGCAGGUGAAUAUGCCUCAACACACGUUACAGUCAUCUGCAGGGACUCAUAGAGCAUAUCCUGCAGAAAUUAGAAUAAUUGAACAGCCAGCACCAAAAGCUCUGCGAUUUCGAUAUGAAUGUGAAGGAAGAUCAGCAGGAUCGAUUCCUGGCGCAAGCAGUACACCUGAAAAUAAGAAAUUUCCAGAAAUCCAAGUAGUGGGUUGCGAUCCUGGCAUCCUUCGAAACGCCGUGGUGGUGGUUUCGUGUGUUACCAAGGACCCUCCUUAUUUAGCUCAUCCACACAAUCUAGUGGGUAGGGACAAUUGUAAGGAAGGUGUGUGUACGGUACCUAUUCCUCUGGACACUAUGAGGGUAGAGUUUCAAAAUUUGGGAAUACAGUGUGUGAAGAAACGCGAUGUUGAAAAAUCGCUUACUAUUCGUGAGAAAUUAAAAGUAGACCCCUUUAAAAGGGGAUUUUCUCACAAAAACCAACCGACUUCAAUUGAUUUGAAUGCUGUUCGCCUAUGCUUUCAAGUGUUCUACCUAAAUCCAGAAAAUCAAAAUGGACAAAUCAGUCGCCAAGUAAAAUAUAAUGCUCUUAGACCCGUAGUUAGUAAUAUAAUUUACGACAAAAAAGCUAUGUCGGAAAUGACAAUAAUAAAGCUAUCAGACUGUGUUAGUUACGUGGAUGGAGGAAAAAAAGACAUUAUUCUUCUGUGUGAAAAGGUAGCAAAAGAAGACAUAGAGGUACGUUUCUUUGAAGAAGACGAUGCAGGCAAUCGUGUGUGGGAAGAAAAGGCCGAUUUUCAGCCGACUCAAGUUCACAAGCAGCAUGCGAUCUGGUUUAGGGCACCUAGAUAUCGUAAUAUUGAGAUAACGGAACCGGUUAAAGCCUUUAUCCAGCUUUACAGACCCUCCGAUCAUGCUACCAGUGAAGCUUUACCCUUUCAAUUUCUUCCGUUAGACUCAGUAGUUAACGGAAACAGCAUUAAAAGAAAGAGAUCCGCCUUUGAAGAGCCAUUAUCUAAAAUUAGGGGCUCUCUUGAUGGUCAAGAAAGUAUGUUACAUCAAAUAAUUCACACCACUCAACAGUAUUUGGAGCCGAUAAAAACAGAACCAAGAGAUACAGUAUCUCCUUUAUCACAUGGAGGUAUAUCUCCCUACGGAGGCGGCAUACUUUACCAGGCAGGUAAUUCUCCCUAUCUAGUAGCAUCUCCUUCUGUAUCGCCCAAUUACUACCCGUCACCAUCACCCGAGAGCAUGACUUACACGUUUAGGCAAGAUACUAUGAACGUGGCAAAUUUUGAUGCAUCUCAGCAGGCAAAAGAAGAUCCCAACUGGAACAUCCCCUUUCCACCGCCAAAUCAAGUACAAGAGUAUUCUUUUAAUGUUCCGACUGGUAUUGCUGCUCAACUUCCUCCGGAACCACAAAUUUUGGAUCUCGAUAAACACCAGGUCAACUCAGCGGACCUUCAGCGUGAAAUAUCCCACAUCCCCAAUAUCCAACUAGCAGAUCUUUCCCUGACUGAUUUUGAAAUGAAUUCAAACCCUCAUAAUACAUCUGAUAGUUUAACCAAUAUUGUUAACGAAGCAGCGAGUAAAAAUUUCGGUUGUUAAGUGUGAAUGUUGUACCUUUAAGGGUAAUGUACAUAAAAAACCUGGCAAAAUUUGGAAAUUUGGGAAGUUCCACGAUAGGGAAAAUGUUUAGUGAUGUUAUAUUGUAGACUAGUACCGUAAAAUGUUGUUAAAUAUUCUAACUAUUAGCGUUAUAUCAUGCUAUGAAAGUUCUGGGAGUCUUGAAAUAUCUUCCCAUUCCAUUUUGUUGAAAGCAGUUGUGUGGUGUUUCUGAUAUAGUUAAAUAGUUUGAUUCUGGGUCAUUUCGCCAUUAUGUUACCGUAACAAAUGUUUUAAAAAAUCAAGAUUUACACACUCAUGUGUGACGCUCAUAUCAAACUGCAAACGUAUUAGUUUUAACAUUUAGAAUAUGUGGAAAAGCAUAUCCGUCUGUGAUUUUUGCAGUCUGAGUGAACAAAAAAAUACAUACUUAUGAGUAGUUGUUCUGUUUAUUUAGUACGUAUGAAAUACAAUAACUAAACUGCAAUUUGUCUCUUAAUCUGUAAUAUAUGUUUUUUAUUUGUAAUAAGAUUUAGUGUAAGUAAUAUUUAAAAAAAUAUUUUUUAAUUACUAGCUCAUCACAGUUCACCGUAAUCAAAAACUCUUUUAUGUUUUGAUAAAAUAUUCGGUGUUUUACAAAAUUCAUCGUGUUAAAAUUUAGUAUUGUUCUUUUUUAAUGUUUGUUCUUUUAGAAUUUUUUUAUGAUAAAUUUUAUACUUCAUAUUUUCAUAUGACAAUAAAAAUAAAUAAUGUUAUUUAAGACUU